AGGAUGCAACUUCUCCCAAGCACAUUACCACCCGCGGCCGGACGUCCGCCAUUACACCACGUUCCAAUCGAGCGCAGGUUAAGCCAUCACUCCUACUGGCGCAUUUUAACCCUCGCCGCCCCACCUAUCCUCGUCCCGUGGUCGGAAGAAACAAAAAGACCGUUCUUUCUGCCAUUUCCCCAACUUCAAAUCAGAUCGAAUCUCCCCCUCUUUAAUUUCGUUUUACAAAAACCCCCCUCGCUUCGUAAUUUCUUUUCAUCUCUGCCGCUCCAUUGAAAUGACAAAACCUUCUCCUAAAACUCCAUUUCCAGAUCUAUAAGGUAAAAAACCCAUUUUCUCGUCUCUCUAAUUCUCGCCAUUUUCUGUUCCAUGGCGACGAGAAAUCGAACCACGUUGUACAGAAAAUACCGAGACAGUCUACGUACCGUCCGUUGCCCGGCGAUCUCUUCCUCUUCGUCUCGGUCUACUCCAUCUUCUUCUGCCGCGGGUGGGCCCGUGAUCGAGCUAGCCACCUCGUCGCUGCUGCCUCCCAACCGUUCGUACGCUCCGCUCAGCACUGACGAUCCUGGAAUUUCCAGUAGGGGCGCUCUUACAGUGGGUCUACCUCCAGCUUGGGUGGAUGUUUCCGAGGAAAUAGCUGCAAAUAUGCAACGGGCACGGACAAAAAUGGCAGAGCUAGUCAAGGCGCAUUCCAAGGCAUUAAUGCCCUCUUUUGGAGAUGGCAAAGAAGAUCAGCAUGUGAUUGAGGUCCUUACUCAAGAGAUAACACAUUUGUUAAAGCAGUCCGGGAAGAGAUUACAGAAACUUUCUGCAAGUGGGACUUCUGAGGAUUCAAGUGUCAGAAAAAAUGUACAGCGGUCUCUUGCAACUGACCUUAAGAAUCUUUCAACAGAGCUUCGGAAAAAACAAUCUGCUUAUUUGAAGCGCCUCCAACAGCAAAGAGAGGGUCAAGAUGGGGUUGACUUGGAGAUGAAUUUAUCCAAGGUGGAAGAUGAUGACUUUAGUGAUGUGGGUUUUAAUGAGUACCAAAUGUCCAAGCUGAAAAGAAGUGAGGCAUUCACGGCAGAAAGGGAGAGAGAGAUCACUCAGGUUGUCGAAUCAGUAAAUGAGCUUGCCCAAAUCAUGAAGGAUCUCUCAGUCCUAGUCAUAGACCAGGGGACCAUCGUCGAUCGGAUUGACUACAACAUUCAGAAUGUGGCAGCUUCAGUGGAGGAAGGCUUUAAGCAGUUGCAGAAGGCAGAGAAAAUACAGAGAAAGGGAGGAAUGGUGAUGUGUACGACGGUACUCGUAAUCAUGUGCUUCAUCAUGCUGGUUCUUCUAAUUCUCAAGGAGAUAUUCUUGUGAUCCAUGCAUUACCAACCCACAUCCAACAUCCGAUAAAUAGUCUUUCAUUCACAGCCUCCCCUGAGAAACAAAAAAUUUGUGGGACCCACACUACAGAAGCUCUUCAGAACAGCUCCGUUUGUCGGCUAGAGCAGGCAAAGCUUAUCAGUUUGGGAAUCGUGGAGGGGAUGGCUGCCCAAGAAGCAGCACAUGCCGAGCGCGUUCUUCCGUUUGCAUAGUGUUGCGGCACAGAUGGGGUUGCGAUUAUCAUAUACCCCUUCAAUUUUGAAGGUUUUUUUUUUUUUUUUUU